AUGCUGCCCCCUCUGGCAGGAGGAGGAACUGUGUGUGGUGUGGCCGCCCUGGUUCUCCUCAUCGUCUCCACGGCAACAGACUUCUGGAUCCAGCACCGACACAUCGAGAACUGGGACAACCAGGGGCUGUGGCGGUACUGCAUCAGUCACCGGUGCAGGCCCCACACCAUCGCCGUAGCUUUUUGGGACGCCACCAGGGCCUUCAUGCUGCUGUCGGUGCUGAGCUGUUUUGCUGGAGUCGUGCUCGGUCUGACUGCUUUCACCAACGGCACCAAGAGCCGGAGAGUACGCACCGCAGGGAUUGCUCUUAUUCUUUCAGGUAGAUUUUAA